ACGCCUCAGCUGUCCCACAACAGUAUCUCUCUAGGUCUAUCUCUUAUCUCCACCCGUCUCUCUCCUUGUCUGUCUGUAUAUGAACUCCCUCUGCCUCUGUUUUGUCUCUGUUACCAUCUUCAUCCCCUUUCUUUCUCCUUCUUAUCCCCCAUCUCUCCCUAGCUCUCUUUCUUCCUCCUUCCUUUUCUCUACCUGGCCCAUUUCCAGGACCUGGGGAAGGAGAAUUCCAGAGGGAGAUGAAGAGUGAAGGGACCCCACUCUCUCCCUAGCUCGGCCCUCCGGACAUUGGUGGCUGCCUUCACCAUGGACAGUAUGAGCACAGCCGUCUUGCUCCUGCUCCUGGCUCUCGUCUGUCUCUUCCUGACCCACAGCUCAAGGGACAAGGGAAAACUGCCCCCAGGACCCAGACCCCUCCCGCUCUUGGGAAACCUGCUGCAGCUUCGCUCCCGAGACUUGCUGACCUCCCUCACCAAGCUGAGCAAGAAGUAUGGCGCGGUGUACACAGUGUACCUGGGGCCCAGGCGGGUGGUAGUCCUCAGUGGGUACCAAGCCGUGAAGGAAGCCCUUGUGGAUCAAGGGGAGGAGUUCAGCGGCCGAGGCGAAUACCCUGUUUUUUUCAACUUUACUAAGGGCAACGGCAUUGCCUUCUCCAAUGGGGAACGAUGGAAGGUCCUGAGGAGGUUCUCUAUCCAGAUUCUACGGAACUUCGGGAUGGGAAAGAGGAGCAUCGAGGAACGGAUCCUGGAGGAAGGCAGCUUCCUGCUGGCAGAACUGCGGAAAACUGAAGGUGAGCCCUUCAAUCCCCUGUUCAUGCUGAGCCGCUCGGUGUCCAACAUUAUCUGUUCGGUGAUCUUUGGCAACCGCUUCGACUACGACGAUGAGCGUCUGCUCACCAUCAUCCGCGUCAUCAACGACAACUUUCAAAUCAUGAGCAGCCCCUGGGGCGAGCUAUACAACCUCUUCCCGAGCAUCCUGGACUGGGUGCCUGGGCCGCACCAACGCAUCUUCCAGAACUUCGGGAACCUGAGAAAGCUCAUCGCCCGCAGCGUUCGCGAUCACCAGGCCACCCUAGACCCCAGCUCUCCCCGGGACUUCAUAGAUUGCUUCCUCACCAAGAUAGCACAGGAGAAACAGAACCCGCUGAGCCACUUCCAUAUGGAUAGCCUGCUGAUGACCACACAAAACCUGCUCUUCGGAGGCACAGAGACCGUGGGCACCACGCUGCGCCACGCCUUCCUCGCCCUCAUGAAAUACCCCAAAAUUCAAGCCCGCGUGCAGGAGGAGAUUGACCGCGUGGUGGGGCGUUCCCGGCUGCCCUCGCUGGAGGACCGCGCAGCCAUGCCGUAUACAGAUGCGGUGAUACACGAGGUGCAACGUUUCGCAGAUGUCAUCCCGAUGAACUUGCCACACCGCGUCAUUCGGGACACGGCUUUCCGCGGCUUCCUGAUACCUAAGGACACAGAUGUCAUCACUCUCCUUAACACGGUGCACUAUGAUCCCAGCCAGUUCCUGAAACCCCAGGAGUUCAAUCCAGAGCAUUUUCUAGAUGACAAUCAGUCUUUCAAGAAGAGCCCUGCCUUCAUGCCCUUUUCAGCUGGGCGCCGACUGUGUCUCGGCGAAUCGCUGGCGCGCAUGGAGCUCUUCCUCUACCUCACCGCCAUCCUACAGAGCUUCUCGUUGCAGCCGCUGGGGGAACCCGAGGACAUCGACCUGACCCCGCUGGGUUCGGGUCUGGGCAAUUUGCCACGGCCUUUCCAGCUGCGCCUGCGCGCGCGCUGACGCCUUGCCUCUUCUAGACAAGCCUGUAAGCUUCCAGGCCCGCGCCUAGGAGUUUCUCGGAUCGUUUUCUGUUCGCUGCCGGUCACCCAUCUGUCUCACUGCCACAUUCUCUUCCCUGUACCCUGGGCCUGCUUACAUGCCAGUCACUCACUCUUAUUUUAAACCGACCCGCGCACAAAGACAUUAGGAAUGGAUGAAUUGUAUGUCUCGUACCCAAAGAACUUGUUCUACCAUGUACCCUUUCUGGUUUUUGUAUCGUUUCCUACAAAAUUAUCUUUAUUAGUCAUACCUACGUAACCUGAAUUAAAGUUUUUUCUUGUUGA